AGAGAAAAAAAAAAAAGGAUUAAAGGGACCAGAUUAGAUCGGACCAGGGACCUGCAGCAACAAAAGCUAAAUAUCUGACCGACCUGACUUAUAGUCCAUGACGAUGUUACUUUACCUCUCGUGUGGUGCAUCUACAAACAAUUCGAUAUAAUUAAUAUAAGCAUGCACCCAUGAGUGGAUGAGCCACAUUCCUUGCUACCCGAACUAUUCAGACGGUUACUCAGAAGGAAAAAAAAAGGGUAUAUAUAUCGCCGUCUGCGCUUUCACACACCCUAGAAGAUCAUACCUACAACCUUUUAGAGCAUCUUGUACGACCCAGGAAACUGGACCUCACACUACAGACCAACCGCCAUGGCUGUCCCACUCAUGCACCAAACAAUGCAUAGUCAAGUGCACGAAGCGAGCGACGCUUCGCACGAGAUACCAACCAUCGACAUCAGCGGGUUCCGCAGCUCUCCAGAAACCGCACAGGAGCGGAUAGAGACGCAACACGUCGUCGACAGGGUCCGCAGCGCCUGCCUCACCACCGGCUUCUUCUGCCUGACGGGCCACGGGAUCCCGCGGGAGCUGCAGGAGAGGGUGCUGGACGGGGCUGAGAAGUUUUUCGACAUGCCGCUGGAGGAGAAGCUGAAGCUGGUGCACCCGACGCAAAAGAACCGAGGCUACGAGGUUCUUGGCGGACAGACUCUGCAGAGGGGGGCCAAGCCUGACCUGAAAGAGGGAUUCUACAUAGGCAAGCACCUCGACGGCAACGACCCGCGCGUGCGCCGACACCCGCGCCUCAUGGGACCCAACAUAUUCCCGAGUGGCUCACUGGAGGACCACGAGUUCAAGAAUCCGUUGGAGACGUACUACGAGGCGAUUUUGGCCCUGUCACUAACCGUGUUCAAAAUCCUGGCCAAGGGCCUGCCAUACGGCGACGAUGUAUUCGACCGUUUUGUAUCUGACGACCCCGUCUGCAUCCUGAGGUUAUUACACUACCCGCCACAGACGUCCAAAGAUCCAAGGCAGCUGGGUGCCGGGGCUCACACCGACUUUGGCGCCGUAACCCUGCUCUACCAAACCGCACCCGGCCUGCAGGUCAAGAGCCCGAGCGGCAGCGGUAGCAGCGGCGCGGAUAGGUGGAUCCCAGUGCCGCCGAACCGCGACGCCUACGUGGUCAACAUCGGCGACAUGCUGCACGCGUGGACCGAGGGCCUGUACAAGAGCUCGAUGCACCGGGUGCUGAACCUCGGCGGGUCGCACCGCUACUCGAUCCCCUUCUUCUUUGACGGCAACGCCGACUGCCCGCUGACGCCGUUCGGCAAGUCCGACGACGUCGGCGCCGAGACGGCCAGCGAGCACCUGCUGAGGAGGCUGGAUGAGACGUAUGCCAUGGCGGCCAAGAUCUGAGUGCCGGAGAGAGGAGAGAGUGUGAAAGAGGUGUUUGAGUAUGGGAG